UGAGACAAUCUAUCGAUGAAAUGGAAAAAUAUUCCCCGUCCUCUGCUUCUCUCUCGUGUGCUCUGCUUCUUUCUUCUUCCUCACGCCUCUGAAUUCAGUUGGAUCUCCGGCAAACUUCGCCGCCGGCAAUCGGGGUUGUAACAACUUGGUAUCAGUUGCUUUCGGUCCUGUUUGCUCCCUCGCACUCUCUCGACCGUCUGGUGGUAAUUCCUGUGGCCGAGUUGGUGGCUGACCUCCAGGUUGCGCCGCCGUCAAUCUCGUAUCUGGUUCGCCAGGUUUGGAGUAGGUGACGCAACGGCACCCGCGAAGCAAAGUGUUCAGGUCCGUCAAAUGGUGGCGGCGAUGGAGGUGAUGGAGGCGCGCGUCAUGGAAGUGUUGACGAAGUUGGCGGGGAAGGUGGAGGGCAUGGACGUCAUCACCAAUCACUUGGGGGAGAUUGACGCCAAGCUCGUCACGCAAGGGGAGCGGCUGGAUCGGGUUCAAGCGAAGAUGGAUCUCUCGAUUACUUUGUUGGGUCAGGUUCAGCAAGAGCAGUCGCGCCCUGAAGGCGGUAGCGGCUGCUCCAGGGCCGGAGGCGCCAUCAAUUCCAUCGCAUCGCCAGCCGCCGUUGCUGGAGACUCCGCGAGGGGCAUUUGCGGCGUCUACUUCGACGGCACCACCUCCGCCACCGCCGCCGCCUCCUCCGCCGUUUCUGCGUCGGUUGCGUAGGUAUCGGGUUCCCCUUUGCCUCAUACUUCUGUUGAGGGUGGGGAUUCGGCGCCGCGGUGCCAAUGGUCGCCUAAGAUGGAUUUUCCCCGUUUUGAUGGUACAGACGUGAGAGUGUGGCUGGAUAACUGUGAAACUUACUUUGGGUUUUAUCAAAUCGCUGAGGGUUUUCAAGUUUCUGCCGCUUCUCUGAAUAUGAUUGGGGAUGCCGCUAAUUGGUAUCAAGCAUGGAAGUUAGAAAUAGGUGUACAUGAUUGGGCCACUUUGAAGGCAUUAGUCUUAACUGAAUUUGAGGUAUAUUUGCAAAAUGUGAAGAUGGAUGAACUUUUGUUGUUGCAUCAAACUGGUUCGGUGACU